GCUAUCCUGGAACUCCCAAAUCUACCUGCCUUUGCUUCCCUGAAUGCUGGGAUUAAAGGCAUGUACCACUACCUCCUUUCUAACAAAUAAGUUAAAGUACAGAUUUUCCACUAUUGCCAGAGAAAUAAGAUUAACUAUAACCUUCUGCCUCAUUUCACCAGCAACUCAUUUAUUAAAGAAGAUUGCUGCAAUAGUUAAUUACUACUUUGACACACCUCAUUUUCUUUAUCUCUCAAAGAAAAAUGAAACACUAAUAGACUAGCAUAUAGCCUCAACCUUUUUGGAAACAUGCAACUUUUACUGCUUUAAAAUAUAAUUGGUUUCUUUGUUUUCCUGCAUUAAAAACAAGGAGGAAAGGCUGGUCUGCCCAAGCCAGGUGUUUCUUGUUGGCAGCCUGCUCCCUAAUGACUGUUCUCAUAGAGCAGCUGCCUACUAGUCAGCUUUGUAUGGCCUAUUGUUGAUGCACACCCCUCGUUAAUACACAUGCUGCCCGGGGCAGACACAAGAAUGACAUCAACUUGCUUAUCUUAGAAACCUACGAACCUGAUGCAGGGUGCUGAGGUUGUCUUGCAUCUGCCUGACUAACUAAUUGUGAGCUCUCUGGCCUGUGAUUGGCUGUAGUUCCAACUCGGUAAUAGGUUAAGCAAAGACAUUGCCAUUCCAUCUGUUCAACCACUCAUUGUUCUUCUUGCCUGCCUGGAAGUCUGCAGCUAAAACUGUGUUGUUACUGCUGAAGCUACCACAGAAACCAAUGUCUUUGUACUUUCCUGCAAAUGAAUACGGGGUACUCUGCAUUCAAGAAUACAGGAAAAGCAGCAAAGUGGAGUCAAGUGUGCAGAACAGCUUCAUGGGCUUGAAGGACCACCUGGGGCAUGACCUUGGCCACCUUUAUAUGGAGAGCACUGAUCCACAGAUAAGUGCAGCUGUGCCUUGGCCUAUGGGAGAGAAACCAACAAUGGAUACAGUCAGUUCAGGGAAGGAAGAAAAAGAGGUGUCUGAAGAGAGUGUGAGCUCCGGGGACUCUGAAGAAAGCACGAAUUCUGAUCAUGAGUCAGGACAGCUGAGUAGCCUUUCAGUGGAGCCAUGCUUGUUAGCCAAGACUCACAGGCAGUUAUGUCGGUCUCCCUGCUUAGAGCCUCACCUGCUUAAACAUAGUGACGCGUGUCUGCAAGACUUUAAACCAGAUGGGUCCCAGACUCCAUCCAAGGAAGUGAAGAAACCCCCUGAUGUGGUUCGAGAAUACCAAACAAAACUGGAGUUUGCACUGAAGUUAGGUUACUCUGAGGAGCAGGUCCAGCUCGUGCUAAACAAACUUGGUACUGAUGCUUUAAUCAAUGAUAUAUUGGGAGAACUUGUCAAACUUGGAAACAAAACUGAAGCGGAUCAAACAGUUAGUACUAUAAGCAGUGUAAUGCGGGAAACAUCAUCGCUGGAAUCUCAGAGGUCUGAGUCUCCGAUGCAAGAGAUUGUAACAGAUGACGGCGAAAAUCUGAGACCAGUAGUUAUUGAUGGUAGCAAUGUGGCAAUGAGCCAUGGAAACAAAGAAGUAUUCUCCUGCCGAGGAAUAAAACUGGCAGUGGAUUGGUUUUUGGAAAGAGGCCACAAAGAUAUUACGGUUUUUGUUCCUGCUUGGAGAAAAGAGCAAUCCCGACCUGAUGCUCUCAUCACAGACCAGGAAAUUCUACGGAAACUAGAGAAGGAAAAGAUCCUGGUAUUCACACCUUCUCGGCGUGUCCAAGGCAGACGAGUAGUGUGCUAUGACGACCGGUUCAUCGUGAAGCUGGCUUUUGAAUCUGAUGGUAUAAUUGUGUCCAACGAUAACUACAGAGAUUUGGCAAAUGAGAAACCUGAAUGGAAGAAAUUCAUAGAUGAACGGUUAUUAAUGUAUUCCUUUGUAAAUGACAAGUUCAUGCCCCCUGAUGACCCUCUUGGAAGACAUGGCCCAAGUCUAGAUAAUUUUUUGAGGAAGAAACCCAUUGUUCCUGAGCACAAAAAGCAACCUUGUCCAUAUGGAAAGAAGUGUACCUACGGACACAAGUGCAAAUAUUACCACCCAGAAAGGGGCAGUCAGCCUCAGCGGUCAGUAGCUGAUGAACUUCGUGCCAUGUCUAGAAACACAGCAGCUAAAACGACAAAUGAAGGAGGACUGGUGAAAAGCAACAGUGUUCCUUGUAGCACCAAGGUUGAUAGCACUUCGGAUGUUAAACGAGGUGCUCCAAAGAGGCAGUCAGACCCGAGCAUAAGGACUCACGUCUACCAAGACAUAGAGGAAAAGCUUCCCACCAAAAACAAAUUGGAAACCAGGUCUGUACCUUCCUUAGUUAGCAUACCGGCUACUUCUACUGCAAAACCCCAAAGCACUACAUCUUUAAGCAAUGGCCUUCCAUCUGGAGUUCAUUUCCCAUCUCAGGAUCAAAGACCACAGGGACAGUACCCUCCAAUGAUGAUGGCAACCAAAAAUCAUGGAACGCCAAUGCCUUAUGAACAGUAUCCAAAAUGUGACUCUCCUGUUGACAUUGGAUAUUAUUCCAUGUUGAAUGCAUAUUCAAAUUUGAGUAUCUCAGGCCCCCGAAGUCCUGAAAGGCGUUUCUCAUUAGACACUGAUUAUAGAGGAAAUUCUGUAGCUUCAGACUGCAGCAGUGAAGGGAGCAUGAGUUGUGGGAGCAGCGACUCCUAUGUAGGGUACAAUGAUCGGUCCUAUGUCAGCUCCCCUGACCCACAACUGGAAGACAAUAUGAAGUGUCAACACAUGCACCCUCACGGCCGCCUUAAUUCCCAGCCCUUCCUGCAGAAUUUCCACGAUCCCGUAACCAGAGUGCAAAGUUACAGUCACGAAGAACCAAAGUUCCAUCAUAAGCCUCCUCUUCCACACUUGGCUAUGCAUCUGCAGCACCCUGCUGUGGGUGCCCGGUCCAGCUGUCCUGGUGAUUAUCCCUCUCCACCAAGUUCUGCUCACUCUAAGGCACCACACCUAGGGAGGUCCUUAGUGGCCACGAGAAUAGACAGCAUUUCUGAUUCUCGACUCUAUGAUAGUUCUCCUUCAAGACAAAGAAAGCCUUACACACGCCAGGAAGGCUUAGGAAACUGGGAUAGGCCAAGCUACGGGAUGGAUGCAUAUGGCUAUCGGCAGACUUACUCCUUACCGGAUAACUCCACACCCCCGUGCUAUGAGCCAGUCACCUUCCAGAGCCUGCCUGAGCAGCAGGAGCCCACCUGGCGAAUCCCAUACUGUGGAAUGCCACAAGAUCCUCCGAGGUACCAGGACAACCGAGAGAAGAUUUAUAUCAAUUUGUGCAACAUCUUCCCUCCUGACCUGGUGAGGCUCGUCAUGAAAAGGAAUCCUCACAUGACAGAUGCCCAGCAGCUUGCUGCAGCCAUCUUAGUGGAGAAAUCUCAGCUGGGUUAUUGAAAAGAUGAUGCAUCUUUGUGGUGUUGAGUAGUUUUUGUUCAGCUCAGAUGCUGAGGGAGGUUUGCUACAAUAGCACAUGUAAUCUCCUUCUGGGCAAGGAGGUUAUAUAGUAUCCAUUUAUGUGAAACACUGUAUCAUGGAAUCUGUAUCGAACCCCACUUGGUGGACAUAUCACGGGAUUGCUUUACAUUCAAACUUUUUUUAAACAUUUCCUUUUUAAAGCUAUACACUUGGCUGGAAGUUUCUCCAGUUUGAUUUAAUAGAUGUAUCUGUGAUCUUUGAUAUUCCUCUUUGGUGCAUCAGGGGUUUAUAUGCAGCACUUUUUAUCCUUGUUUCCUGUCUUACUAACUUGGUGUUUGUCUGUCAACUGCAAGCAAUUGCAAUACCUUCCGAAUGUGGAGGUACUGGACUAGACCUAGCAAACUAUUUCCUCAAGCCAAGCUUAACUAGAAUCCUUUACAGCUUUUUAAGUUAUUUUUAUUUGGGGAAAGUGGGCUUCUUUGUGCUAUAAUCAUUAUUUAUAGAAACAAAGAUAUACUACAGCACUGACUUUAUAUUUUAAACAAAAUGUAAGUUACCAGUUAUAUUAAAAUGGGUAAUAGUAUAUAUUAGAAUGAUUUCCAGUAUGGCACUUUUUAUUAUUUUGGGGGGUGUUUCCUGUUAAGAAAAUUAGUUAAUUUUAAAUGGUCAGUUUAAAAGAAAGCAGAUGCAAUCAAUGGAAAAAGUUUCCAUUUUCUUUUUUAUGAUUAAGGCAAAAGCCGUAACUAUCACAGGUUAAAGCUUUGUUUUCCAGCUGAAAUGUACUUCUUGAUAGUAGAAAGGAAACCGAGGUUCUAGCUUUCCAUUCAUGUGUAUUUUUAAUGUCUGUCUUUUUGUGAGAGGCACAAUACUGGAUGAAUAACCCUUUCACAGUACCUGCCUGUUUUUAAUUAAUCUAAGUAUUCUCAAUGCAACUUUUAUAUUUAAUACACUCUAGCUUUCCUGCUAUUUAUCAAAGCUGGCCUGAGGUGGUCUGAUGUGUUGAGGAUAUGCAACAUUUAUUGAUACUGCACUAUAGAAAUGGCAAUGGAGGACUUGUAAAUGGUAACUUAAAAUUUUUGUAAGAUAUUGUAUAUUUUCCAUUUUCCUGAAGGUAGUUUUUUUGGGGGGGCCUGUUAUAUUAUUAAGGCCAGACUCUUGCCACAAAUAGUGUAGUUUUAGAUACAGACUAAAGUCUGUUCUAGUAUUAGUAAGGGAUAUUUCUGGUUGCACAGUCACAGGUUUUGCUUGCUGUAGUGACGUUUCUGAGGGUUGGAAGAUGGGUUUAUGAUCAGUGCAGACAGUGUUGCGCUGGACAGAACUUGACUCAGAAUCAGUUAGUGUAAAGGACAAGUCCAGCUCUGGUCCUGUCGUCAGCCUGGAUGCUCUGGUCUGGAUGGUCCUGCAGCCUGAGAGAGGCAAAGCCCUGAAAACCAGAAAGUACCUUUUACUGUUGAUACAAAUUGUAUCUUUUUAACAAUAAGAACUAUUUUGAUUUGUAGAUCUAGUUAAAAACACAAAUGUGUAACUAUAAUUAGACUUUUGGGCAACAUUUUAUCCCUUAUUUAAAUACAAAAUUUUAAAGUAAAAUUGAAGUCUAGAAUAGGAUAGAAAAUAAAAGUAACAAUUAAGGUAAAUAAAGGUGUCUGUCUUAGUUCAUAUAUUAAAAUAUAUUAAAUAAAUUUAUUGGCAUUUUUUUCCUCCUAAAACUUACUUAGUGUGAACUUAAAAUAAAGGUAAAAUGCUGCCUGAAAUAACGUCCAAGCAUCUUCGACUAGGAUAACAUUUUCACUACUUGUGUGACACUGUGUGUUGCAUGGAGUAGGAUUUGGGUACACAGUAAAUGCUUCUAAACGGCAUUGUGCAUAUUAGCAUAUCCAAUAAUCUGAACCAUGUUCAGCAAACUUAAUUCAGGAAAGUGAUGUUCUACAGUUACUGCUGUUGUGUUUGAGUGAGUGUGGCACACAUCUUUACCAAGAGUGAUGCAGGUGGUGCCACACCAGCCAUUCCGAGUGGUGUCUGUCUGAGAGUGACACUGCUGACUUGUGAAACUGUCCUUGAUUUUGUCAGUCAUUGUCCGAAGGACGGUUGAAUUGUGGAGGCGAAAUGAGUGCCAAAAACAGGGUUGCAAAUGUGGGAUUCCUUUUACCCAGUCUACCCAGCCGUAUUGUGAGGCUAGAGUAGGAAGUCGCUUCAAAUGAACAUGUCACUUUUGCUUCAUUUUAGCACUGUGAUUAUUUGGAAAUGGGCAAACUUGACUAAAAGGAUGUAAGUUAAGACCUUAGGUAAGAAGGAUAUGAAUUUUAAGAUUUGGUCUUCUAAUGAUUUUAGUUACCCUCUUUUUCAUCUUUAAUAUAAUCCCUGCCAGUGUCUGUCUUGGAGUGAGUAGCUCUGACCCACCCACCCCUACAUUUCUCAGUACCAUUAGCUGUGUGCUAGGGAAAAGUUUUCUUACAAGAGGACAGUCUGUCCCUUUCAUGGAGCACCAACAUUGCUUGCAGAUUUUAACAUAAUUGGCAGACUUUAGCUACCAUAAAAUUCUCAGAUAUCUCAAUAAGUAACAGGAGUCCGUUAUUAAGUUCAUAGCUGAUCAUAAACCUUAAUUUUAGCUAAGAUAUGUCUUCCCAAUUGCUAAUUAUCAGACAUUCUAAAAUAAAUAAACAACCUGAAAAUGGUGUGUUAAUAAGUAGUAAAAAUGCCAGAAUUGGUCAGCUGAUAAAAAGGACUCAGACUGGAAUAUUCUGCCCCUGAAUAACAGACCAUUGACUGUACUUUAUGCAGUAAUUAUCAGUUCGUUUGUCCCUGUGUCUUAGUCCAGAGGGAAUAGUACCUAACUGGCCAAAAUGGCCCUUAGAAUUUCCUCUUUUCUUGCAUGUAAUACAGACGUUUUCAGUCUUGUUAUCCUAAUGGGAGUUUGUCACUGACCUAAACAGUGAAAGUAAUGGUCACCAGUAUAAAAUAUUUAACACUGGUGGAAACUUGAAUUUUGUGUUUUUAUGAAAAUACAUUUAUGAGAAUAUGUAAUAUACCUAAAGAGGGUGUUUUAUAUAUACAAACAUGUUUGUUAUGAAGUAUUAAAAAUGGGGGGGGUUGUCUUUUAAUGGAUAGCAUUUUCCUGAUUGAACUGUUUCUUUGAGUUGUGUGACCAAGUCUAGGAUCUAUUUGACCAAUGAUAAGAUUCAGAACCACUUACUUGGAAAGAAACACUUGUUUGGUCUUAUUCUUGGUAUUUUAAAGAUUAUUUUGAUAAUUUUAAUAGAAUGUGUAAUUUUUAAAUACACAAAAGUAGUAUUGAUUAUACAAUGAUUAUUUAACAUGUCUUUUCUGGAUGUAUCUAUAUGUAUAUAGACAGUAAUAUAUUUAUAAAACAAAUAUACUUUAUGUUGUACUUUUUAGUUUAUAAUAGAUGUGAGGAUGACUCAUGUGUGUGUGUGUGUGUACAUGUGUGUGUGUGUACAAGUGCACGCACAUAUCAAUGUCUUUUCUGUCUGUCUGCUGUCUGCCUUUCUGUGUGUGAAAACUGAGCCCCUUUUCCCUGACUUGCUGGUAUUUAAAGUGUAUUUGGUUUUUGUUUCUCCUUUUACUAGUCUGUUUCCUUAUUCAAAAUAAAAUAAGAGGGACAGUUUUCUAGUCUCCCUGUUACCAGGUGGCUCUUCCAUUUUAUUAACCUCUUAAUUCUUAAAGAAUGCCUGACAUCAAGGCUAGAGAUAAUGAUUAUUUUGCAAAUAUAUUAAAAGUGAAAAACCAAGCUGUGGUGUUAAACUUUCAGGAUAAACACCAGUGAACAAAAUAAAGCAUAGAAAACUAGUCACACAUACUUCCAAGUGCUAGGAAGCCAAGUACCUGUGUGUGAAAGCAAAGACACUUGUGUUGUUCUAGAUGCCUUAGGUUUUAAACCCUAGGUGAUGUGUCAACAAUUCUUUCUGUGUAGGAUCUGGUAGUACGUGAUUCAGGCUUCUCAGAGAAUCAAAUAGUCUCUUUAAAACUGCUCACCUUUGCCUUUACAGUGUAAAAGCCACAGGCAACAUAUAGAUAAAAAUGUGACUCUUUAAAAUAUAAGUUUAUUUACUGAAACAAGCAUCAGGCUAGUUUUUACCUGUGGGCAAUUCCUCAGCCCUGCCCUUGGGGGAGAAAGCCAGGUAUAUUAUGCAGUAAGUUCUCGUGUGUGUUAAUAUGAUAAAUAUUAACUGUGCCUCAGCAAAAACUAGAGGUAGUCUGAUAGUUACUGGCGUCCUUCAGAAUAUGAUGUGCAGCAGCCAUUCAAGGCACCUUUAUGCAUUUAUGUUACCAUCAUACCCCAUUAUUUCAGAUGCUUCUUACCUAAUCAACAAAAAAAAAUCUGCAAAAAGAGAAGAAUAUCGGAAUUUUUCCUUGAGCUUUGAGUUUCUAUUUAUGAAUAAGAAUUCUUUAUCUUUAGUUUUUUAAUGGCCUCACGAACCAAAAACAGUCUGUUUUAAAACUUAGCCUGUAAUUAGCCACAGAUUUUUCAAAGAUUGUAUUUGACAGUUAUAUUUUUCUGUUGAUUUUGUCUUCUGAUACUUAACAAACCUACCCUCCUUUAUAAGUGGUAUUAAAGAUUAACAUACUGUAAUUUCACAGUAUAGGAUUUGGCAGUAAUAUUUAAAACUGAGUAGUCUACUAACUCUAAUGAGUGUACUUGUUACAUUGUCAGUCUUAAUAGGAAACAUGUACGUUUUCUUUCUGGGUCUAAAUGCUCACUAUAGAGGUUUUAAAUACUUUAGGGACUGCCAUGAGAGGGAUGUUCUUAUGAUCACCCAUGAGUCUGAAUUGAUUGGAGGUACACACUGCUGAGCAUAUUCAUUUCCAGUGCUUCAUUCAUGGUACCACAGCAAUAACACUAUUUCCAUAGGAUUGUUCAAUAGCUAUGAAAAGCACCACCCACUUAAGUAGUUACACUUCCUUUUAAAAUUGUAAUGCAACUCUGGCUUUAACAGUAUUUCCUGCUCUCACCUCCUUACCUGUUACUCCUGCUAUGACAACACUGUCAUAUUUAUACAUGGCUCUUCCCUAGUAUCCUCAGUCCUUCAGAUUUAAUCACAGUUUCAAGUUUUGACCAUGUGGCAUGUUUUCCUUCUUUAUAAACUCGUAAAGUUUCAUUUCUUAAACCAUGUACUGACAUUCUAUCCAAGUAUUUCAGGUGAACAACAAGAUGUUUCCCAGCAGCGCUAUUACCACUUCUCUCUAAAGCAGCUCAUUCACAGGAAAAAGAAACCCAGUGGUUGUUUUGUAAGUAUAUACACACAUUUGUGUAUGUGUGUGUGUAUAUAUUUAGAUUUAUAUUUCCCCUGGGUUUUUUAGAUAUGAAUUUUCUACCUUCUGCUAACUACCCACAAAUGGUUAAAUACUACAGACAUGGUAUACCCUCUCUGUCAGGUCUCCUUUUCCUCUGAACUAUAGUUGUAUGCUGGUAAAGAAUUUCCAUAUUGAUCCUUCAACUUUUCUUAUAGGAAAAAUAAGGUAAAGAAUAUGUUUAGAGCAACCGUUUUAUAAAUGUAUUAUUCUGUUUGUCUGGUCUGUGUGUUUCUAUGAUGGGAUUUUUUACAAUCUCAAAAACAGUGGAAACAGCUAUAUGAUUCUGCUAUAGAGGGAAAUACGAAAUACUCAUUUUUCCUAUAAUAGGUUGUUGUUUCAUGAAGAAACUGAUCUCAUAUGACAGCAUAGAUGCUAGACAAGUAAAGCAUUUUCCUUCUCUGUUCCCCUGGCUUGCCCAAAUUCUAUGGUUAAUGAUAUUGGGCUUCUCUGUAUGAUGUUCUCAUGUUCAGCAUCAAUGUAAAUGUUAGAGCCACAACUAAUCCUAUUAAACUGAAAUUAAAUAUCAAAAACAA